AUGCCUGGCGAAACUAAAUUAGACGAUCUUCAACAUGAACGUCAUGUUUAUUCGUAUACGUAUACAUCCGAUGGUGACGAUAAUGACAAUAAUCCUCAAACAAAUAUCGUUAAAGUAACAACAACAGUCGAAGAAGAGACAACACCCGAUGGAACAAAAGUUAUCCGAAAACGCGAAGAAUCACAGCAAGUUUCGAAAGUAACAAAAGUCGAAAAGAUCACUCGGGUUCAUCAUCAUUUAAUUGAGCCAUCGAAUGGUGAGUCGAAUCGAGCAACUGAUUCAAAACAUCACAUCUCGAUGAAACAUGAUAUGAGUGGUGGAUUCCUUCCCAAUUCAUCCUAUUCUCAAUAUGAGAGUAUAGCAAAGGAGAUAACAAAUGGAAUGAAACAUUUUGAUCUUAAUAAUCAUAAUAAUGAGCCUUAUUCAAAUGGACGAAAUGGUUCUCAACAACCUUUCAACGGUAAUGGUUACAAUGAACCAGAAAACAAUAAAAUCAAUACAGAUGAAAAAAGCAUGGGUUAUGACCCAAAUGAUCCAAAUCUAGUUGAUGAACCCGACCUUGACGUCGAAAAUCCUUAUGAAGGUUUAGGACCGGGUCGACCUGAUCCAGUCAGCCGUGUGCUAAUGCCCACCGCUGGUCGACAAUCACCCGAUAGUCUCGGACACGCUCCUCCUGGUUACGGAGAAGAUUAUGGAACAUUAAGUCGUAUGUAUGCACCGUUUGGCUUAAACGAAGAUAACGAUUCGUCAAAACGACGAUCGCCUUCAGUUGAUACAGAAUUUCGAGAACAACAUUGGCGUGAUCCUGAUCUUGAAGAAGUUAUCGAAUAUCUGACUCAUUCAAGUGACGUUAUCAAAGAAAAUGCCGCUGCUUAUUUACAACAUCUAUGCUACAAUGAUGAUAAUAUUAAAUCGAAAACUAGAUCAUUGAAUGGUAUAACUUAUUUGGUUGCUCUGUUAAACCAUGAUAAAGUGGAAAUUCAAAAAAAUGCGUGUGGAGCAUUGAGAAAUCUAUGCUAUGGAAAACGAAACGAUGAGAAUAAGAUCGAAUUGAAAAAUCGCGAUGGUAUACCCGCAUUGAUUCAUCUUCUACGUCGAACACCCUAUGAAGAUGUUCGUGAAUCGGUUACAGCUGUUCUUUGGAAUGCGUCAUCAUCUCCGCACUUGAAAGGACAAAUCGUUGAUGAAGGUUUAAGUGUCCUUGUGAAAAAUAUUCUUAUCCCAUUCUCAGGCUGGGAUGCCGAUAUCAAUCGACGAUUGAAUCCACAAGGCAAAUUUCCACCUGUGUUCAAGAAUACAACUGGAAUACUCCGGAAUUGUUCAUCAGCUGACUAUGAAGGUCGUCGUAAGAUGCGUGAAUGUGAAGGAUUUAUACCAUCACUGCUUCACGCCGUUAACUCCAGUCUUCAAUCUUUGAAUGAAAUUGACAAUAAAUCAAUUGAAAAUUGUAUGUGUGUCUUACGUAAUUUAUCUUAUAAAUUGCAAGAGGUUGUCGAUCGAGACUACGAUCGAAAUUACCCAGCGAAUAUGAAUACAACAUCGACGUGGAGUAUGACACCGGGACAAUCCAAUGAGAAGAUCAAGACGGGCUGUAUGAGUUCGAAACAGAAGAAAAGCAAGCAAAUCUAUGAACAAACAGGAAACAAUAUAUAUGCUGUUAUGCCACCAAGACAAGGUCGACCUGUGGAAAUGCUUUGGCAACCAGAAGUGAUUGUUACAUAUGUUCAUCUCUUACGGAAUAGUAGUAACCCAGACACAUUAGAGGCAACAGCUGGUUGUAUUCAAAAUUUAACUGCUUGUUAUUGGAAACCAUCGAUUGAUUUACGUGCGGAGGUUCGAAAAGCGCGUGGUCUUGUCGAAUUGGUUGAUCUGUUACGUGUUGUCGAAUGUGAUUCUGUUGUUAAUGCAUCAGCUAUUGCUCUGCGCAAUCUAGCUAUUGAUCCAAAAAAUUGUGAUGUUUUGGGUGGAUGGGCUAUUAAAGAGCUUGUUGCUGUUCUACCUGAUCCAUCGGAACAAACAGCAGGUCGACGUCGACACUCAGACGAAACAUUCGCAUCUGUCCUAGCUGCGUUGAAUGAAAUCAUUCGUACGAAUGAAGUCAAUGCAAAAAUUCUCUUCCAAGAAGGUGGCGUAGCAAAAAUGAAAGGUAUUAUGAACGCAAAAGCAACUACCUACAGUUCAAAAGUUGUUAAAUAUACUGCCCACGUUCUUAAUACAAUGUAUAAGCAUAAAUCUUUACAUGAAUUCUAUAAGCAAAAUAGUUAUAAAGAAAAUGAUUUUCUCCAGCAUCGAUCAAUCAAUUCGAAAUCGUUAACAUCAAGUCCACAAUCGACCUUACAUCGGCCAAGAGGUGAUAUGGGUCAACCAACUCAUUUUACAGCGAAGGGAAAACAAAUCGUGCGUCCUCAAAGAACAGAAGAAUAUCGAAUGCAAAAAAUGAAUCAAAGUGUUGACAAUCUAUCGAGAACAUACGGAAAUGGGAUGACUCCCAUUCAUAUGGAUCCACAUGCUGAUCUCUACGCUACAGUUCAUAAAACUCGCUCACAACAAGUUCAACCAGCAACAUGGAAUCAACUAAGUCAUCCAUCUGCAUCACCUGAUUCAUGGGUAUAA